ACCAAAAGAAUAGGUGAAUAUAACGAAAACAAUACGCUAAAGCAUCUUUCGGAUCUGAAGAACUAUAUAAGUAAGGUGCCGUACUUGUUGACGCGUGGUAGAUGGAACAAGGCCUACGUCAUGACACUGGUGGCUAUGCAGAGGAUUGAAACACCAUCCGAGGGCAGAGUGGUCUACGAAUAUCUAGACAAAGGAAACAUAAUAACAGGUGCACAGCUCGAACAGCUCUCAGUGUUGGCCUGUCAAGCUAUUGACCGUUUGAAUCCCAUGGAAUAUAAGGAAGCAGGAAUGGUUGCACAAAUAUUUACACGAAUGAGCCAGGUAUUCGAGCAGAUAAUCCAAGACAUCGAAUGGCUACAUCGGGCAGCGUACAACGCGCUCACCGAUCAUCACUUAUUUUUCAUGUUCAGACUGGCCAUGCGAACGGAGAAGCAUCCGCCGGCACAGUGCAAAACCCAUGAUGAAAAUUGUAACAUGGGUCAGAAUUUGGGUGCAGAGAGGAAACUUGAAGCAGAAUUGGAUCCGGUCACACUGCAUCGCGUCAAUUGGUGGCUAUUGGAAACAUGGUAUCUGUAUAAAUGUGUAUACUAUCUGGGUGUUCUCGGCACCAAGCGACACCAUCCCUACGAUAGAGCUCUGUCCACGUUUCAGGGCGGCAUUUCCUAUCAAAUGAAUGUAAUUGAGGUAAUAGAACCUAUCGAAAAUUUAACUGUAAACACCGUUGAUGAUAUGUUCCUUGUUCGCAUUUCGGCGGAGCUCCUUAAGGAGCUACGAGACCUACUGGCUGAUCCCGCAGUGCUCUUUCAGAUCAUAUCGCAGCAGAACGUUCACAACAUGUACUGGUGGUAUCCGGAGCCAUUGCCAUCGGAGACUAAUGUACUCAUUGUUCAUGCCUACAGUCCUAAAAAGAACUACCCUAUGGGGGCGCGUUUACCGCUUAAUAAUCCGUUGAAUUAUCACUUGAACAUAUCCAAAUUCAGUGCGAAUCCAGAGUUCGUCAAAUGGAUGGCCAACAGCACCAUUGAGGGUCACUCUCAAAUACACUACUAUAAGAUACCCUUGAAGUCGAAAAGCGUGUUGGCUGUGCGCAUCGUUCAUGUCACAGAGGAAAUACGUAUUUUCAUGAGUUUGAAUCAAAUACCAAAAAUGCACGAAAUCAGGGAAAAAGCUUGCCACAUAACGCCAAACAUGAAAGGUAAACGCAUUUGGAUGACGAACAACUGCCCAGGCACUUCCAUUGCCUAUGUGGGUGUACUCAGUAGAGAGCAUAAGCUCGAAGAUGAUCAAAAUGAUAAUAGACAUCGCAAGCCGAGUAAAGUAAAAAAUUCAAAUAAAAUUUUUAUCGAUUAUUCGAUUCUUCUUGAGUCAUAUCUGUGUAACUUUUGGUCAAAUCGCUCGUUGGACCCAGGUUGGAGUACAGAAUAUUGCACCACAAAAUUAGAAAAUGCGGAAGGCAUUUUUGUCGAAUGCACAUGCAACAUCCUGGGAUCGCUAGCCGCGCGAAUAUUUCCCGUUGCCGCCGAGCGACACGUAACGCUAGUGGUCUAUCCCAUACUGGAGACAAAUUGGUAUAUGUUUGCCUUAUUUGCGAUGCUAUUCAUACUGCUGUUGUUCUUACUCCUUACGUAUAUCGGUCGUCUUAUCGUCCAUCGGCUUCGACAUCUGCAGGUCCUGCAGUGCAAGCAAAAGCGUGUGCGGUUCAAGGAUGAAAUGACAUUUGAAUCGAAAUUGAAUAUGAUUGUAGUGGUCAGAACAGGCGCUCAAGAAUUUGCUGGGACCACUUCCAACAUCAAAUUCUACUUCAAAUCGAUGAGUGGGAAACAGUCCUCUUACGUCAUAACACAGGAUCCGCAAAAACCGCUUCUUCUACGGCAUAGCGUCAAUAAAAUAAGCCUGCCCGGCGGUAACGUUGAAAUACCCAGCCACCUGGCCUUUGGCAUCGAACGGAAUGGACGGUAUCCGAGCUGGUAUUGCCGGUCGGUGAGUGUUGUCGAUUUGGAGAAUGAUAAGGAGCAACUGUUUAUAGUCGAGAGAUGGAUCGUGGAGGGGUACACGCCUUUCAUUCAUUCCCCCUACUUCACAAACUCGGAAAAUGCAAGGCCUGUGCAAUCCUGGACGCGACGUUUCCGGAACAGUUUCGAACAGCGUUUCCUCAAUUGGUUUCUUAUAAGCCCCAUGACGGGGCCGUGGCUAAGCCGCAAUACGCUCUAUUCGAUGACACGCCUUGAACGUUCUUGCGUUUGGAUGUGUAAUGUCAGUCUAACGAUUCUCUUGGUUAGCCUUUACUUUGGACCCUCUCCGUAUGAACCGAUCACCGAGGAGUCCCUCAAAGAUGAUAAGACUAAUCUAACCAUGAAGGAAGUCCUCAUUCUAGGGGUAUACUCUGCGGUUAUUGGAAUCAGUGUGCUUUUGUUCUUUGAGUUUGCGAUCAUGCGUUGUCUCUGGCGUCGGCAUUGAAAUGGAAAAUUCUAAAGGAAUGGGAAUAAAAAAGAAAAUGGAACCUGUUUUGGGUAUUCCUCUGUUCCCGGUAUACGGCUAAUGGAUUUUUCCAUGGAUAAUUACCUUACCAUUACCUUACCCAGAAUCCGAAAAGCAAGAACGCGAACACACUCACACACAACACAAUUUUGUACUUAAUACCAUUCCAUUCCGCUUUGCUCGGACAAUUUAAGAAAUGUUCGCCUUCCAUAUCACUCAUCCAUAGAAACGCAAACCAGAGAAAAAAACUAUGC